AUGCCGCGAUGUUACAUGGUGAAGAAGGCGCUGUGCAACAAGUACAUGAGCAGCGCCGUAAGGAGCUUCGAAUCUUGGGGCCGAAGCAGGACGCCUCCGUCCCCAGCCCUGCCUGUAAAAAUUUCCGUGCCGUCAGUCGAAUCCGCACAACCGGCUGCCUCGACGACCGAUGUUCUACGAGCUUCGAGGGGUCUUGAAAUCAAACGAAUCACUCAAAAAACUGAACGUUUGAUUCUCAAAGAUAGGCAGGAAGCUGUGGUUGAUUCCAUCGAGGCAUUGAUUUCAUUCGUGAACUCGAUGGUUCACCAGAAGGAGAUGGAAGAUGUCAAAAAAUCCGUACACCACCCUUCCGAAGUCUAUAUCUCGGAAACUGCUGGUUUUUGGACUUGUGUCGAUGAGAGAUAUGUACUACUGAAAAUCCGACCCGCAGCCAAUUACCAUAAAGAUUUUGCGGGGUCCUGUGAAACAGUCGCAUGUAUUGACGAAUCGAAAUUCCAUAUUCCGAUUAAAGUAUUCCGCGCGAAAAUCGUCGCGAAAAGGCAACAACUUGAAAAUGGUGAAAUUAGGCGACAAUUAGACGCAAGUGUUGAGACAACCGAUGAUGGUGCGACCGCGACAUCGACGACGUCCAGAUCCGGCUCCGAUUCCUCGGAAUCUCGGGUCGACGAACCGAUGCCGUCGGUUCCGCCGUCGCCGGAGCGGAGAAUACCUUCGACGAAGUCGACGACGCCGACGUUAACGACGACGACGACGACGACGGCGACGACGACCGAGAGGCGGGUCGAGGCUCGACUCCUCCUCGCCUCCGAUCACGAGAUGCCGAUAUUCAGGGAUAGAUCGGCGGCCGAGACGGAGGCUGCCCACGACCUCCUGGAGCUUUCGAGAUCGCUGCCGCCGCUGCCGACGCCGAGCGUCGUCAUCGGUCCCCACGAGGUAGUGGAGAGCCCGGCGACCGACGUCCAGGAGAUGGCCGUCUACCAUCCGGAGCCUUCUAUUUAUCAGGUAAACGCGAUCGACCUGCCCGGCAACCUCUACCACCCUCAGCCGGCGAGCAUCGUCUACGAGCCGGCGACGAUCGUCCAGCAGACGGUGGGGGGCGUCUUCGUUCCGCUGUCGCCCGUGCAGGAGAUUCUAUUCGCUUAUAGCGAACCCCCGGCACCGGCGAUGGUCUCCGAGCCGUUGGUCUCCGCGCCGCCGUUGACGCCGCCGGCCUCCGAGUGCAGCAGCGACAUAGAGAACAACAAUCCGAACUCGCAGACGACGAGGGACAAGGAGGUCCAGACAACGAUCGGCGAGCAAGCCGAGGUCAAGGCCGCGGCCUAUACCUACGACACCCUCCUCGUCGCCGACGGACGUUCGAAGAACAAACGCGGUGCCCAGGCGAAGCCGCCGGCGGAGCUGCAGGCCGCGGAGACCGCGGAGCCGCCCGAGGCUCCCCGGGUCGGACGGUACGUUUGCUGCGAGUGCGGCAAGCAAUACGCGACCUCCUCGAACCUCUCGAGGCACAAGCAGACCCACCGCAGCAUCGACUCCCAGUCGGCGAAGAAGUGCAUCCACUGCGGAAAGGCCUACGUCAGCAUGCCGGCACUCGCGAUGCACGUCCUCACCCACAAGCUCGCCCACAGCUGCGGCGUUUGCGGGAAAAUGUUCUCCAGGCCUUGGCUGCUCCAGGGACACCUGCGCAGUCACACGGGCGAGAAACCCUACGGAUGCGCUCACUGCGGCAAGGCCUUCGCCGACAGGUCGAACCUCAGGGCUCACAUGCAGACCCACUCCUCGGACAAGAACUACGAGUGCUCCAAGUGCCGCAAGUCCUUCGCCCUCAAGUCCUAUCUCAACAAACAUCUCGAGUCCGCCUGUCAACGCGACAACUGCGACGACAGCAGCAACGACGCCGACGCACCCUAAA